AGCAGCAGCGCGACCUAGCAAUUUAUGCAAAUUGAACUAACUCAAUUCGCUGUACGCUUUGCCAAAUUAAGACGUGAAUACAUUUGCCACUUGCCGUAUUUGCAGUGUAAUAACCUAGAAUGUCUGCUGCCUGCACCGUUGUUGACCUACGCUCGGACACCGUGAGCAAGCCCACGGACGAAAUGCGCGCACGCAUGGCUGCCGCCGAAGUGGGCGACGAUGUCUACGGCGAGGAUCCCACAGUCAUUGAGCUGCAGACCAAAACAGCGGCCAUGUUCGGCAAGGAGGCGGCGCUGUUUGUGCCUAGCGGCACCAUGGGAAAUCUACUGGCAAUUAUGGCGCACUGCCCGCGCCGCGGCUCGGAGGCUAUUGUGGGUGACUUAUCGCACAUCUUUCUGUACGAGCAAGGCGGCGCCGCGCAGUUGGCGGGCGUGCAAUUAGCCACGCUCAAGAAUCAGCCGGAUGGCACCUUCAGCUUGCAGGAACUGCGCCAUAAGAUACGCAAUUACAAGGACUGCCAUGAACCAAUUACCUCAAUGGUUGUGGUCGAGAACACGCACAACAUCUGCGGCGGCAAGGUGAUACCGCUGGCCUAUUUGGACGAGCUGGCGGCGCUGGUGCGCGAGCCGGGCGUGGGCAUUGCUCGCAUUGCUUUGCAUAUGGAUGGUGCCAGAAUUUUCAAUGCAGCCACAGCUUGCGGCGUGAGCGUGGCGCGCAUUGCGCGUGACUUUGACUCGUUGUCCGUCUGCCUAAGCAAAGGCCUGGGCGCACCGGUGGGCUCCAUGCUCGUGGGCUCCAAGGCGUUCAUUGAAGAAGCGCAUCGCCUGCGGAAGGCCUUGGGCGGUGGCAUGCGGCAGGUGGGCAUACUGGCAGCCGCUGGCAUCGUUAGCCUGGAUCGCAUAGUGCCAUUGCUAGCUAAAGAUCACGAGCGCACUAAGCGCAUAGCCGCAGCUGUGCAUCAGCUGCGUAGUCCCAAUGUAACAGUUGAUCUGCCCACUGUGCAGAGCAAUAUUUUGUUGCUGCAGCUGACGCAGCCCAAGCUGACAGCGGAUCAGUUUGCCGAUCGUCUUAAGCUUGUGCAGCCCGAAGAACUCAGCGCUGGGAUUACGGAUAAGCAAGGCGCUGGCAUUGUGCUCAAGGCUAGUGCACGCGACUGGGAGUUUAUGCGUCUGGUGCUCUAUCAUCAGGUGGACGAUGAGCAGGUGGAGCUGGCCAUCAAGAAGCUGGUGUAUGUCAUCAAGCAGUACGAUGCUGUCUGGCCCUGAGCGAGAGUCUUGAGUCAACAACAAGCUUAAUGAGAUAUUUUUUUUUUGUUAUUUUUGCGAUUUAAUUAAAAAGCAUAGCCAACUGGCAAUAUUUUUAUUA